AUGUUCCUCAACCUCUCCAUCCUCCUCAGCACCGCCGCCUCCACCGCCGUAGACAGCAACCUCGCCAUCAGCAGACGCACCACCCAGUCUCAAGACGACCCCAACGUCAAGAUCACCGCCCUCGCCCUCGCCCUCCCGGACGGUACCCGCAAGCUCGCCUUCUGGAUCUCCAACACCAGCGCCCCCUUCAUCGCCACCGACGUCUUCGGGACACCCAUCGACCCCUCCGAGUUCCUCGACGCCGAGGGGCAGGACGGCGCGCAAGCAGGCAGCGAGUGA